GAGGCACGCCCAUUUUAAGACACGCCCCGAUAAUUCCCAACAAAAAAUGUCGAGUGAAGUAAAGGAAUUGGAUCAGCUCAUACUCGUCAAUGCUCUUCUUCCUCAGAGUCUCGGGCUCCUCCUCAAGCACCAGAAGAUAAGCCACACUUGUCUGCACGUGAGGAGCUCUGAUUCUUUACUUGCUGUGGGCAGUAAUGCCGGCCACUUCUGGAUCAUUGACAUGCAGACCAGAAAACUUAUAAAAGAGCUUUCGGAUAGUAAAAGUCCAUUGAAAAUACUGAGGUUUCAUUCUGAAUAUUCUCUGAUAGCAACAGCCACUGAUGAUGGAAUGGUGACUGUCAUUAAUUUUAUUAAACCGUCCAUGAAGCAGCUCAUGAUGGAGAGAGAGCAAAAGAGUGUGACUGCAAUAGAAUGGGCGCAAGAAAAGGAUCGCCUCUUUGUUGGCUAUAACUCUGGCAAAGUCCUCUCGUUCUCUGUUCAAUUUGACAAGGUGACAUUGACAGUUGAUAGUACAGCCCUGUGUGAUUAUGGAUCUGAAGUUGUACAACUGAGUCAAAAUGAGAAUCUCCUUCUUGUUUCAACACUCGCUAAACCAGUUCUACUUGAUAUGAAAACAGGCCAGUCAACUCAGGUUGGAUCAAAGGGGAAGAAGGCUGGCUAUUUUGGAGGGACUUUUGUAAAAGGCUCAGCUAUAGUAGCCCGACCUGGCCUGAGGCUAUGGAUAGCUAAUGAUAAUGGAGAAGUCCUCUCAACUGCUAAAUUCAAAGACGUCUUUAAUUCUCAGUUGCCUCCGAUGACCUUAUAUGGUAACAUAGCAACCACGACCACGCCUAGCGACGCCGGACAAUUUGGGAAGCUCAUACCUUGGUCUGAUGGCUGUAUUGUUUGCUAUCAUGGGAAUACUGUGUGGGUACUUGACCCGUUCACUCUCCUAGUAAAAGGUGUAAUGACUCUUGGACAAAGGAUUAUUGAUGUUGUUGCUACUGGAAAGGAUCUCUAUCUCCUCCUUAUUGGUCACCAGCGCCCGAUUGUUAAGCUAUCUCUUCCGGCCCCCGUCAUUAAAACACUUCCGGUAUCAUCAGUGGAGGGAGACGAGAGAAGAGAAGGUGUGAUAGAAGAAGAGAUGAGAGAUGAUGGAGAGAAAGUGAAGGCAGAGGACGGAGUCUCUGGGGAGAGAGACGGGAUAAGUAGAGAAGAAGAUAACGAUCAGAGAGUGAAUGAGGAGACUAAGAUUGAUACAAAGGAAGAUGAUAUGAUAAUGAAGGAUAAUACUGACCAAGCCAUUGAAGGACCUCCUACUACUGAAACUAGUCAAGAGAACUUGGGACUAAAAGGGCAAACUGUACCAGUAGAGCCAUCAGGUGAUCCUUCUGUCUCGCAGACUGAUGAUAAGGAAGAAGGGAAAGGAGGAGAGGAGCAGCAGGGCUCACGGAGAGUUCUUGGUGUUGUGGUUGGGUCUGGACUUAAAGGAAUAUUUGCACAACCGCUCAACAAGUUGACUGAAAUAAAGAAAGAGCUCAUCGAGGGACAAGAGGAAGAGAGAGAUGAGCCACUCCCAUCAGUUCCUCUCAGUACGCCAGAAGCAGUCCGUAGGGCGAAGAUGCUACAAGUUCAAGAACUCGAUGAGGACACUAUAGCUGUUCGCAAGAAAUCCCGUAGAGUAAAGAAGAAAACUACCAAAAGAAAACACCUUCACUUGCAGCAUACUCCAUUAUCAAGUGCUCAUUCAUCGAUGGACCAUUUGGAUCAGUUAGACGAUGAUGAUGAUGCUAGAGAUACAAGUCCUGCCAUGCCCAGAUCUCCUCUAAUACCACAGAGACCAGUCGAGAGACUUGAACCCGAAAGAGACGAGGGUAGCACCUCCUGUCCCUCACUGAUAUCGACUGAGAGUGACCAGAUAGGCAAUAAGAAUAACCUUGUAGAGAGUGAAAGAGAGAGAGAGGAGGAGCACGAUAUACACGUGCUUGAUGUAAAGCCAAGCACAACGGCAGGGGAUAAUCUUGAAGGGAAGACAAAUGAAUCUGUCAAGACUGAGUUAAAGUGGGAGGAGCCUACUCAAGUCCCAAACAUUACGAUAGUGAAGUCAGACUUUGAUGAGGAAAGUCAGACAAAGAAUGAAGAGUUACUGAUUGAGGAAAUGAAAGAAAUCGAGAUUCAGGAUUCAAACAGAGAAGAGGAAGAGAAAGAGGUGAUGGAAGAGAAGGAGGUAAUGAAAGAGAAGGAAGCAGAAGGUAGUGCUGAUGAUCAUAGUUUUGUCUUAUUGGAGCCAUCUCCCGUCAAGCCUGACUCUCUCAUAGCCACUCCUCCAAAAGGUAUCAGGAAACGUGCCCGUGCCUUUAACAUUGACUCUGAUGACUCUCUCUUCGGUCCCACAACAGCUGAAGAGGUCCUAUUCUGGGAGGAGUCAAGCAGCAUCUCUAAUCCCGUGAUACCCACUUCCCCCACGUCAAAGGAACAAGGUUUCCCCUCACUACCAGGCAUUAAGGUGAUAGAGCCGGCGAGUGUUGCUGAUCAUACUGCUCCUUUUUGGACCUCUCAUUCCAGUAGCUUGGAAGACACUCCUAUCCACCCUUUGGGUGAUUCAGAGGAUCACGACGAUAUCGAGGCAGACGCCAUCAAUAAAACCUUUAGAUCAGAGGACUCCAUGAUAGCUGAUGAUUAUUAUGCACUCAUUAACCAGCUUGCAGGAGAGUCCCGUCUUGCCAGCUCCGCCCCUUCUCAUUCUCCUCUCCGCCCGAGAGUCCGUGCCGAUGCCCUUUGUCCACCGUCUCCUCAACCUAACCGAACAUCAAUUACAAGCACUGAUGACAUAUCUGAAGUUCAUUCGGCUGAUAUUUGGUGUCCUGUACCUCAGCCGUCAAACCAGUCCAUACAGUGCUUGGCUAUAUCCUGUACUUCGAUAUGGUUGAUUGAUAGCCGUCGUACCGUCUACUGGUCUAACCCUGCCACCGGCGGGAGGGACUGGCAGUCCAUGCGCAAAAGCAUGUCCCACAUCUCGACCUCCGCCUCCGGUAAGAUAGUGUGGGGCAUUCACCAUCAGACAGCAUAUGCAAGAUACGGAAUCAGUGACCUCUGCUCCUCCGGUAGUGAGUGGAAAAAGAUUAAUUAUCGUAAGAAGUCAAUGGCCUCCAAAAGCAUCAAAUUGGUAGCAUGUGACAAUACGACGGUUUGGGCUAUCAUGACUGAUGGUAAGGUCCUCAAUCGUAAGGGGGUCUGUGACAGUCAGCCCGAGGGGACCGUGUGGGCGGAGAUACCUCAGAGCCCUCCCCUUGUGCAUAUAGCAUGCUGUAAUAAUAUAGUCUGGGGUCUCGAUCAGUUGGGUGUACCUUACGUAAGAGAGGGGAUUUCCCCUUUAUCGCCUUUUGGUAAGAGAUGGAAGUCGAUAAGAUCUGAUCAUUUCCACAGCAUUGCCAUACUGGACUCUGGCGUCGUAUGGGGCAUCACUAAUAAAGAUAAGCUCUUAUUCCGUUGUGGUGCUUCUGCUCAUGAGCCCGAGGGUGGGGGCCCUUGGUGGCAAGUAGCCGUUAGUACAAUAAAUAAAGUCUCUCCUCCUUCGGAUCAACCUGUAUGGAAAGUGAUGUCUUUUGAGAGGUCAAGCAGCAUACUACACUCUGUCACUUCGUUACUCAAUCAUCCUGUACCUCCGGUUGUUUUAACCGGCAUAGCAGCUUCCUCUCACUCAGGCAUAUGCUUAUUAACCAGUAACAAUCAGCUGCAUGCGUGCUGGAAUCAUGCCAGCGGCUAUCACUACGAAAAUGCCUGCGAAGACAAGAUGUUUGACCUGACCAUAUGGACAAAGGUCACAUCCAGUCAUGUUGGUACUUGGAUUGUUAGGGAGGACGGGGAGCUUUAUUGUAUUGUGUCGUCUGAUCGUUUUGAGCGCGUGGAGUGUCAAGGAGUCAUUGAAGUAUUAACGUCGUCUCCAGCUGCAGUGUGGGUACUAACAAAAGGAAUGAUAUGGUCUCGUCAAGGUAUCACUGACGCCACGCCUCAGGGCUUCUCCUGGGAGCUCAUACAACUCGGCUCACAGAUGGAAGACUUUAUUGUCCAUCUCUCUAUGGGUAGCAACGUGGCUUGGGCCGUUGAUAAAAGUGGGAAAGUUUAUUUCAGAUUUGGCAUACAUCCGAGAGAGCCUGGCACUGGUAUGUCACCAGCUUGGGUUGAAGUUCAAGAUACCCUCACUGAUUAUAACUUCAUUAAUGUAUCUGUUAAUUCUAAAGACUGGCUUGUCUGGGCACUUGACUGUGAAAAAGUGCCAUACAUACGUAAAGGGGUGACUCCUGAUUAUCCUGUUGGCAAGGCUUGGGAGAGGGUGAGUGGGGAGGCACUGAAGCGUAUUGCCGUCAGUGAUGACCGUGUCUUUGGUCUGACACUGUCUGGUGACCUACUCCUCCGUCAAGGGAUCACCAAAGAGAAUCCCGCUGGGAUAUACUGGACUAAACUACCCGGAAAUUUUGAAGAGAUAUCAUGUAAUCCUAAUGGAGAGCUAUGGACGAUUGAUGUACGUGGAUCGCUGAAGAAGCAGCAUGGGAAGGUGGUGUCUGUUUCAAGUGAGAGUAAGAAGAGAGAGAAGGCUGAGCUUGAAGAAGGUGUUGUUAUUGGUGAAUGUAGUGAUUGGGAGUUCCUUUGAUAAGACACCAGCAGUAGAGUACUUCAUUAUUAUCAGUGCAUUGCAAUCUUCUUUAAAUCAUCAAUCUUUUUAAGGACACAAAUGGUUAAUUACAUGUAUUAUUAUUAUUAUU